AUGGACCCUCAGUUCGUGGAGAAACUGGCCCGCGUCGGAGAGAAGAUCACGGGCGAAUACGGGGGUUUGUUACUGCAGCACGCAAAAAUGGAUCAGCUCGCGACAGCCAGUGACAGCAAGAAUUUUGCGGAACUUGUCGUUCUCGACGAAGCCUGUGGAACGGGGGCAAUUGCCUCGCGACUUCUUCACAUGCUUGACGAAGAAACCAGGGCGAUGACCGACCUCACGCUGCUGGACAUAGCUAAGCCGUCACUUGAAUACGCCGAGCGACGUCUUCAAAAAGACGGGAGGAAGCUGCAAGCUCUCCGAACACUCCAGGCAGAUGCCACAGACACCAAGCUACCUUCUUCACACUUCACCCACGUCUUUCUCGGCUUCGGGCCAAUGGUCUUUUCCAACUGGCGAGCGGCCCUUCGUGAGAUACAUCGCAUGUUGCGACCUGGAGGGCUCGCGGCCAUGUCCACCUGGGGUGACGGCGGCUGGCUUCCCGACGUCCGCGCUGCACUGGCCAGCGACCCGUCUCUACCUCGCGGACCGGAUGCAAAGGAGCUCCUGGAAGCGUUCAGUCCAGACAGCGACUGGAGCGACCCGUCGUGGAUCACAACGACGCUCCAGGACUUCGGGUUCGAGGACAUCCAGAUCAAGACGGUGCCGAGAACGGGGGUCUUGGAUGGCAUGGAGGAGUUCAUGACUACCGUCCCCAUGACCCUGGGGAAUAUUAUUGAUAAGUGCUGGACCCCAGCUCAAGCUGAGGCGCACGGCGAGCGAGCAAAGGAGACGUUGGUCAAGUACGUGGCAGAGAAGUAUCCUUCAGGGGAGAUCAAGUGGGACUGGGUCGCCCAUCUCAUUACCGCGAGAAAGCCUGCGGCUGCGGGUUGA